AUGGGAAACUGUGCUCACUCCCCCCCCCUUUAAAUGAAACAAAAUAUAGGUAAAAUUCCUACUUUUUUGGGAAAUUACCCCCCCUUUAAAUUGAAACAAAAUUUUAUUAUAAUAGAAAAUUUUAUAGGUAAAAAAUCAUUAUUUUAUAUGUAAAUACGUUAAUACCCUAUUUAAUAUGCUUCAAACAUAGGCAUUGUCAUAAAAUUAUAAUGUUAUUAAAUAUAAUUUACUCAAUUUAUUGUCUCUUUAAAUUUAUAUAAUUUAUUUUCUAUAAAAUUUUAUCUCUGAAAAAAAUUUUAUAUAUAAAUUGUUUUACAAAAAAAUUUUCUUAACCCCCCUUUAAAUUGAAACAAAGUUUUUUGUUUCAAUUUAAAGGGGGGGGGGGAGUCAGACAAAAAAUUCUAACAAAUCCAAAUCAAAGAUAUCACGAAAGAUUUCUUUUAAUCUAAAAUCUGUAGCAUCAGAUCCCACUGCAAAAACUUCAGGACUUAUCUCUGUAGGAUCAAAUCCAUACUCCACUGGCCCUGUUGCUGACAAAAAAUCAGCAAAAAUUUUUCUUACCCCUAAAGCCUCUGACCAGUCCAAAGCUUUUUUCCGAACUCCUAAUGGAAGGAAAAAAACUGCAGCACAAAACUUUUUACGUAGCAAAGAAACAAGUGAGGAAUAUAAAACAAAUCAAAUAAAAAGCGAAAAUGAUUAUCAGAUUAUAAGAAAAGCUAUAGAAAGCAUUAUUCUUCUGAACUCAUUGCCAAAAAUGAUUCUUGAAUUGGUUAUCUCAGAAAUGAGCCUAUAUUUCUUACAUAAAAAUGAUAUUUUAUUUAGCCAGGAUGAGUAUGGAAAUACUUUAUUUAUUGUCGCUUCAGGAAAAUUAGGGUUAUUUGCUGAUGAAGUUUCUAAAGGAUCUCUUAAAAGAGGGCAAUAUAUUGGAGAAAUUGCCCUAAUGCACAGCUUUAAGCAUGGAGUGACUGUAAAAGCUUUAGAAAAUUCCUUACUUUGGGGGAUUGAUAGGAAGAAUUUUAGAUUAGUUAUAGAAAGCAUAAGCACAAGUAUUUACAAUGAUAAUAAAAAUCUGAUAGAAAAUUCUCAAAUAUUCAGACAAUUGACUAUAUCCCAAAAAGAAAAAAUUUUAGACAUAAUUAUUACCCAAGAAUUUUCAGAUGGAGAAAUAAUCGUAAAUGAAGGAGACUUAAGUGAAUUUAUUUAUAUCAUAAAAGAAGGAACAGCUAUAUGCAAGAAAAAUAACAUAGAUAUUAAAGAACUUAAAAGAGGAGACUAUUUCGGAGAGCAAUCUCUUCUUUAUAAAACCAAAAAAACAAUGUGUGUAGUGUCCAAAGGAAAAGCAAAAAUUUUGUGUUUAAGCAGAAGCGAUAUUUAUAGAGUCCUCGGAGAUUUUUUACAAAAAAUUUUACAUAAAAACUGCAUCAAAAAAGCUAUAAAAAGAAAUGAAAUAUUACAACAGCUGAGCGAAGAUCAAAUUUGUGCUAUAAUUAAUAAAGUGAAAACAAAGAAUUAUAUGAAAGAUGAAAAUCUGUCGAUUUCAAGUGAAAAGGGGCCUCGUUUACUUUUUAUAUUAAAUGGAUCCAUAAAAUCAAUCCAUACAGAUAGUGAAUUUAUACAAGGCCAGUGUAUUGGAGAUAGAGAAAUGCUAAAUCCAGAGCAAAUUAAUGAUGAUGAAUAUAUAAGCACUGCAAGCACUGAUAUAGCUGAAUUGACGAUCAGUGAAUUUCAGGAGUGCAUAGGAGGAAGUUUAGAAAAUGUUAUUAAUCAAAACGAUGUGAUAAAAGUGCUUAAAAAUGUAGCUCUUUUCGAUCCUAUACCGAACCAUAAAUUAGAGCAGCUUGUUAGCGUUAUAAAGAUUUGUGCAUUUAGAGAUAAACAAUCUCUAUAUUUGGAAGGAGCAGAAGCGGACUGCUUUUUUAUUGUGAUAGCAGGUAGAGUUGAUAUAUUAAAAGGUGAGGGCAAGGUUAAUACAUUCAAAACUGGACAUUUAUUUGGUGUAGAAGUUUUUAAUCUGGAUAAACAUAGAACCUUCACUCUGCAGAUGGGUUUUGCCCCGCUAUAAGGGCUUUUUCCUGACUACAGAUGCCUGCAGAGGGUCGAGAUAAGCGGCUGGAGCAGAGAUCAGUGAAUGCUGAGAUGAAGUAAGUGGCGAGCAAGUCUUAAACCUACAUUCUCAAGCGGCAUGGGUCGUUUACUGGUCAUCGGCAACAACUGGAGAGGAGGUUUUGGAAUCUCGAGGAUGAGAACUGUGCAAUAAGUCCAUAAUAGCUGAGAUGCCACCUGAUGAUACCCUCAGGUGAGCUCGAUCAGGAAUUAAGAUUAUAAGUAAGGAUAAACAUAGAACACAGAGUGCAAUAUCUCAUGGAAACUCUACUGUUUAUUCUAUUGAAUAUCAAGAAUUCAUUGAUACUAUUAGUGAAAAUCUUCAUAAAGUUAUUAAAAAAUAUACACAGCUUCAUAUUGAAGAUUUUAACUUGAGAAAUUUUUAUGUCAUAAAAAGCCUGAGCAAUAAUAAGCAUACCCAUCUUUUUCUGGUAGUUCAAAAAUACACAAAGCAACUAUAUACACUAAAAAUUACAGAAAAAUCUCGUGUUUUUAAUCACAACAUUUCCGAAAAACUAUUACUAUUACGAUAUCCAUUACUUUCGAAUAUAUUAGCUCACAAAGAAGAUGAAGAAAGAAUUUAUCAAUUAGAAGAAUUCGUCAAAGGAUCAGAUUUAUAUGAAAUUUUAAAAGAAGUAGGCCCAUUUUCUAAUAAAACUGCAAAAUUUUAUGCAGCCUGUAUAAUCUUGAUAAUAGAAAAAUUGCAUGAAUUAGGAAUUAUGCAUAGAGAUUAUAAACCAGAAAAUAUUAUGAUAGACGAAGAUGGUUAUCCAAAACUAAUUGAUUUUAAUGCAGCAAAAAUCAUUAAUGGGCGCACUUACACUGUCAUCGGAACUCCGCACUACAUGGCACCAGAAGUUAUUUUAGGUAUAGGCUACAAUUUCUCAGCUGAGUACUGGAGUUUAGGAACAAUUAUUUAUGAAUUUUUAUAUGGAAAAUUACCUUUCGGCGAAAACUAUGACGAUCCAUAUUCAAUUUACCAACAAAUCCUCCAAAAUAGCCUAGUAUUUCCUGACUCACCAAGAAUAAAAUCAGAAGUAAGGCAUUUAAUAUCCCAGCUUUUAAGCAAAAAUCCAGCAUUACGGAAGAAUCACGAAUCCUUGAAGCUUCACCCAUGAUUCCACAGCAUAGACUGGGAAGAAUUAUCCGACCGAUCCUUAUCCUCACCAUACAAUCCUCCAUCGCACAAUAUGUAUUCAGAAAUAGCCGAAGCAAUAAGAAACAAAGAAGACCCUCUUUAUGUGAUGAUGCUGAAGAAUUAA